UAUCACUAAAAUAAAAGAAAAUUUAAGAUGAAAACAGCAGAGAGAGAAGAAGACCCGAACAUGAUUAGAAGUGACAUGUGGCUAGAUACAGAAUCCUAUCGUUCAGGAGAUAGGCAACUAGACAGACAAGGCAGUGCUCUGUAUUAUCAAGAUCCUGACAUCGAGAAUUUAUCUAGAUUUGAAGAGGAGGAAGAGAAGCUAGAUUCAUUCUUUCCGAGCUUUAUCCAUGCUUUGAAAAAUGGGGACACCCUUGAGAAAAUCAAAAAGCUAACGGAAGACUACAAAACGGAGAUUAAGGCUGAGUACAGGCCUAUGCUUAUACAUCUCAUUGUGCUAUAUGACAAAAAGGAGUUCUACGAGCCUGUCAAUGAAUAUUUUGAUGAAAUUUCAGGAAAUAUAAAUAUGGAAAAUAAAUUGGUCGAGCAAGAGCUCCCAGAAGAGUAUGAAGAGUUAGUUAGCAAUGAAAGUGAGAUGAGUAAUGUCAGAGAGAUGUCUUUAAAAUUAUGAUUAAAAGAUCAGAUAAAACCAGUGCUGAUGGAUAUUCUUUCGAAAGACUCUCAAGAACUCAGCCUCCGAUUGGAUGAUCUCUUCUCACUAUUUGACAUAGGCAAGGCCUUUCUUUUUAAGGCACUGAAUGAGGGAAUAAAGAUGGAUAGAGUCAGCAAAUCUGUCCCAAAUGUGAUCAUUGAGAAGUUCAGAGAUGAGCAUGCAAUCCAUUCUUUUCGCAAAUUGGACUCAAGCAGCAAGAUUACCUACGUAGAUGUCAUGUUUGUUCUCUUGGAAAGAGGCAAAACUAAUGUUGAAUGAAGGAAAAUUAUUUCUAAAAUUACCGAUCGCAAUAUUCUUGCUGAAAUAAUUGCAUUACUUAUCGUCAAGAAUAGAUACACAUUAGUGGAUGAGCUAGAUUUUGAGUACGAUGAGAAAUUUGUUCAUAUUGCUCUGGAGAAUGAUUGAUAUGACGUUGUUUUCCAUUUAAGAAACAAAUAUCCUCAAAGUUUCACCAGAUCUGAAUCCUCAUUUUUGGAGUACAUCCUUCUGUCAUUUACAAAAUCAAAUCAUUGUUGGCUAGCGAAGUGCUUUAUGCUGAAGACAGUGAUAAAUCAUUUGAGCUACAGGAGAGCUGAGGAUUUCCUGUUCACUAUUUCAGGUAAACUAGAUAGGACAGACCCCAAGGAUAGUCCUUUGUACUUCACUCCAAAUUUGCUUUUAUUAAUACUGAAUAUGUAUGAAAUUUGAGUAUUGAUCACUAGAGAGUACCCAUUCUUAAGCGCCCACACUGAAGGAAUCAUCGAAAAACUGACUGAGAUCGGCAGUAACUUUAUCAAAGGAAUCGAUGAUGAGGAGAAAUUAAGAGCCCUUGUUUUUGAGAGGGAUUUUGAGUAUAGAGACUCUUUAGAACUCCUCUCCCAGUACGAUAUUUCUGACAUUUUGAACAAUAAAAAUAUGGAAAAAAUUGCUCUAGAGCUUUGGAGCUCAGAAUAUGAUGUUAAAGGAAAUGUAAUGGAAUGAUCAUCUGCUCUUUCAAUCAUCACUUGGAACACCUUCAACAAACCGAGAGACUUGGUGGAAGAAUAUAUGUUCUACAAUUUUUCGUUUAGGAAAAAGUACGCUCACCAUCUUUUCCAAUACCAAGUUUGGAAAAAGUCGAUGAUGGCAAAGUUUUUAACUGAAGCUUUAUUCUUAGUAAUUCUGACAUUGUUAUUCCAGUAUUUCUUAGUUGCAGCCUUAAGAUCUGGCCAUGAACUUUUGACUGUUUACAAUGAGGCUGUAGAUGCCAAUAGCACUCAAGAAGCCAUUGAUGCUGCUCUUGAAGAGCAUCAUUCAGCUGCUAUAACAUUCUACACUGAUAUGGAAAUUACUGAAUAUUUGUCAAUAAUUGCUUUCUUUUAUCCCGUAAGGAUUCUUUUGGAGAUUCUUUAUGCAACAGUUACGAAAAGAAGCAUGCAGUUUAUAAACUUCACCAACUUAUGUGACAUCACCUUCUGCCUCAUGUUCUUAAUCAGACUUGGAAGAGAAUUUGAUAAGUACCAAGAUGGACUAAGCAGCAUUAGUGAUGAAGGCAAGAAAGCUGUUAGAUAUUUUGAGAAUAUCUAUGAAUUCGCUGAUGAUGAGAUCCUUCUAGAUGUUUUAUAUGCCAUCGCAAUGACAGCUCUCUGGCUGAGGAUCCUCUAUAUGUUCAGACUGACCAGAUUCUUAGGUCCUCUUUUGAAAAUGAUCUUCAGUAUGCUCUGGGACAUCACUAUUUUCAUGAUACUGUUUGUGAUUAUUCUGGUGAUUUAUUCAUCGUUGGCUGUACUAUUGUUUUAUACAGAAGAAGGAUAUGAGAAUUUCUAUGAUGCAAUGGUCACUUUAUUUGGCUCAGCUUUAGGAAACUUUGACUUUGCAAGUCUAGACGGUUCCAAUAAAGGAAAAGUUGCUGGAGAAAUAUAUUUGAUAUCAUUCGUUAUACUUUGAAAUAUUCUUAUUUUAAAUCUAUUGAUCGCUAUUCUUUCUACUACUUAUGCUUCAUUGGAAGAAAAGAAGGUUGUACUGUAUAUCAAUGAAAUUCUCAAACUAAGAUCUUCUCUUGAGUAUGAAAAGAGGGCUAGUGGGUUGGUCUCAGCUUUCCCACCAUGGAACAUUUUCCCUCUAAUCUUGUCACCAUUCUAUUUCUUUAUCGAAGAUACUAGAAAAUUCAAUGAGAUAGUAUGCCACAUCUGUUAUUUCCCUGUAUUAAUCCUAAUUGUUAUUAUCUUUAUUAUUGGAAACCUGAUAGUAUUACCAUUAGCUUAUUUCAAGGGAAUAUUAGUAAAACUUCAGUUCUUGUUCAACAAGAAAGUUGAAGUCACAAUGUGAAAGAGGAUCAACACCUUCUUCAUCUUCUUAAUUGGAGGUCCAAUUAUUUUAUUAUUGAACCUGUGUGUUGAUGUCUAUAUGUUCUUCCUUCAUUGCUAUGACCCAAAUAUUAAUUACAGAAAGGAAAAAUCUAAGGUUCAGUUCAUUUCUUCAAGGGCUUACCACCAACUACAAGCCAAAUUUGAGCAAGACGUGAAGAAAAAUAUUGAAGCAGUCUCUUUUGUAGAGACUGCAGAGUACUGUAGAGGAAUGCUGGGUGUUGUUGAACUACUUAGACAAGUUAUUUUUAUAGCAAAUAAUGAUAAUAACAUCUCCUCCCAAAGGCAGAUCCUUUCUCUCCAAGAGUAUGGAAAAGUUAAGAAUGUUUUAUUUGCCUCCUCUGUAAAGCAUGGGAGUCAGAGAUUUAUAUUCCCAAUGAUACUUAAAUUCAUUUUGAAAGAGUUAAAGGUCAACUCAAGAAUUCGCCUGAUUUUGAAACAAUCAUACAAAACCUCUGUUCGUAAAUCAACUGUGAUGGCCGAGGAUAAGGAAUAUUUUAGAGAUAGUUCAAAAGAUUACCUGAGACAGUUCCUCCAAAUCUCGCUUGGAGAUGUCAAUGAAGCCAUCAAGCUUACACAUAACGAUGAAAUUUCCUUAGAGAGCAUAAAAGAGACAUUUGAGUUAGUCCUCUUUGAGAAUAGUAAAGAAGGGAAGAAGAUAGCUGCUAAGCUUAAUCAUAAGACACCUUUCAGGAGAAAAACAACUCUGAUGUCUCGGUCUGGCUCCAAAUGGAACCUUUCUCACAAAGAGGAUGAAGAUAGCUUGUCAGAUUAAUUUUUUUUGUUAAAAUGUAUGCAAUUAUUA